AUGAGUCAGCUGGUGAGUCAGCAGUGCUGCCGAGUUCCGGGCGAGUCCCGGCAAGGACUUGAGGCUGAGGAAAAAACCAGCAUUGGCCAACGUUUUUCACAGCUGCAGAAGAAUAAUUUUAAAGCCAUGGCCCUGGUCAUGUUUGCUCAGUACAUGCAAGGAGGCACAUUUGGGAAAGCAGUUAAAAUGGCUGAGGAUGUCACAGACCUUGCCAAAAGGUGUGCUGCUGCAGCCAAGGACAACCCGGACUGCCUGAAGCCCUUGGACAAGAUCUUCCUUGAUACAAUAUGCCAGGAGGAAAAUCUUCCCAGCUUUACUGACUGCUGUGCUAAAAAGGAUCCUGAAAGAAAUGGCUGCUUCUUGACUCUUAAAAAUUCAUCGAGAGGGUUCAUUUCUCCUUUUGAAAUGCCAAAUGCAGAAGCUGCCUGCAAAAGUCAUUCACAGAAUCAACAUCUGUUAACAGGACAAUUUAUUUAUGAGGUUGCCAGAAGGCAUCCUUUCCUCUAUGCCCCCACCAUCCUUUCCGUUGCUAUCCGGUAUGAUGAGGUGGUGAAAAACUGCUGCAGAAGCACUGAAGACCUCACUUACAACCUGGAGGAAUGCUUUCGGAGACAGGCACCAAAGGUGGUGAAGCCAAUAAAAGAAGAUGGCCUAAGGCAGGAACACACAUGUGGAAUCUUGCACGAGUUUGGAGAAAGGACCUUGAAGGCUCUGAAGCUUGCUCAGAUAAGCCAAAGAUUCCCUAAAGCUGAUUUUGUUACUGUUAGCAAACUCGUGAUGGAUGUUGCUAACAUGCACAAGGACUGCUGCCGUGGAGACAUGCUGGACUGCAUGCGUGACAGGGAAGAGCUUCUGCACUAUGUCUGCACAAACCAAGACAUCCUAUCAAGUAAAAUAAAGCAGUGCUGUGAAAAGCCUCUGUUACAAAGAAGUGAAUGCAUAGUUAAUACAGAAAACGAUGACAAACCUGCAGACCUGUCCCCCGAUGUCAGGGAGUUUAUAGAAGACAAAGGAAUAUGUGAACGUUUUGCCCAGGAAAAGGACACACACUUAGCCAGGUUUCUGUACGAAUAUUCCAGGAGACACCCUGAGUUUUCUGCCCAAAUGCUUUUAAGAAUUAGUAAAGGAUAUGAGGACCUACUGCACGAGUGCUGCAAGGCUGGAGCUCCAGAGGACUGCUGCAGCAGAGGGGAGGAGGAACUGAAGAAACAUAUUUAUGAAGCUAAAAGUGUGAUGAAGACGAGCUGUGAAAUUUACAAGGAGAAAGGAGAUUACUAUUUCCAAAACGAGCUCCUCAUGAGCUUCACCAAGAAGAUGCCUCAACUGACAUCUGCAGAGCUGAUCAAAUUCACCAAGCAGAUGACUACAAUUGGGUCCCAAUGCUGCCACUUAAGCCUGGACAAGCUGCUGCCUUGUGCCGAGGAAAACGUGAGUAUUGUUCCUCCAGAUCUCAGUCCUAUUUCUUCUGGAAACUCUGUCACAAAUUCUGCUGCCAGCAAGGUCCAAAAGAUGCUCAUCAACCUCAUCAAAUACAAACCGCAGAUCACGCAGGAGCAACUGACGGCCAUCACAGCUGCCUUCGCUACCAUGAGGGAGCAGUGCUGCAGAGGAGGCAACCCCCAGGCCUGCUUUGCCAGAGAGGUGCCCUUUCUGCUUCAUCUUAUUCACAAUGGAAACAGGGAGUAUAUGCAGGAGGAGGAAUUGCUUCUUUAA